UGCUGCGCCGCUCAUGUCAAGCUACCUUAGUUGCCUCGGCCUGCACCACAGGGCUCCUGCCGCUCGCGGGUGACUCUGCCACGUCUCAUUUCAUAUACAACAUAUACAUAUACAACACUACCUCCACUACGCGCGUCUUGUCUGGCGAAGGCCUGCCCGGCUCGCACGGCUUACACUGCCUACGGAGGUAGUUACUAGCCGUACCUAGAGUUACAUACCCGUUCCUGCGUUCCGGCGCGCCCGAUCGUCCAUCCGUGGGUUACCCAAGGUCUCAUUCAUCCGUGAGAGACAUUUUGCACGGCGCGGUCCUCACCCGCGCAUCUCCCUGCAACCAUAUCGGCUGCCGCCGUGCCGCACACCGCUCCUCCCCCCCGGCCACGGACCUGCCGACUGGACAGCCCGGCUUGACUCCGCACCCCCUGUUGGUGAACUCUCCGUGCGUGCGUGUGUGUGUGCGCGCGCGCGUGCGUUUCCGUCCCCGCACGCCAUGGCCUCGUCCGGCAAGAAAGUGCGGGAAUCGGAGCCGGCCGAAUCCCUAGACGUGGUGGAAACGCCGACCUCGCCGUCUUCGGGCUUGGCCUGCUCACGCUUUGAGUUUGAGACGGGGAGGGCCAACGAUGGAACCAAGAUCCUCAUGGUGGAAUGGGAUGCCGCGGCGGGGAAUCCGGAUGGCGGUUCGGAGAAGGCAGAAAACGGGGAGAAGGGCGAGAAAAGGGAAAGGAGGCAGGACGACGGCAGUGGCUGGGAAGUGUCGUGGGAGGGCAAGGGCGCCGUUCUGCCGGUCCGGGAUGUGGAUCCUGAACCGGGCAGCCACACACGCCGCGUCUACUUCCUCCUGCCUCCCGGCGCCGCGAUCCCGGCACUCGUCACCAUCGCCCACGGGGGCCAGGGCAAUGACGAGGCCGGCGUGGUUCUGCGCACCAAACCGAUGCCUGCCAUCUUCCCCGCGGCCUUGACAAGCAAGCAGGAGGCCGGCCGCCGCGGCGUGCUCCACACGAUAUGGGCCAAGAGGCGUCUAGACGAGCUGCAGGCCGAGAUUGCCGCCGAGAUGAGGGCCAACGGCGAGAGUGUAGGCCUGGAGAUGGCCAUGCAGGAACGUCAGUGGAUCGUCGACCACUUCGGGCUUGCGCCGGAUCCGGGGAUGCCGCAGCCGACGAAGCUGCACAUUCCGCAGAGCUCGGCCAGCCCGGCCAGCCCGCGGAGUCCCGUGGGCGGCAAGCUCGGAGAGAAGCUCAGGGGCCUUAAGCUCGCGACUAGCCCUGCCGAACUCGCCGCUGCUAGUCAAGUCGCAAAGAGUGCACAGCCGCCAAGGACGCAGGCGCAGCCCACCAUCGGGCCCGUCCUCCCUCCAGCCACAACAGGUGUGGCCAUCUCGUCUUCGGGCGGCGGCGGGGUCGCUUCGCUCGAUGCCAUCGUGGGAAGCGGAGCAGCCCCGGCCGCCGGCCCCGGGACACGCGGCGCCGAUCCAACCGAGGAGGAUCUGUUCGCUCUCCCCCUGAGUCCUCGCAGCCCGGAAAUGAAGAAAAGUCCCUUUAGCCUCCUAUGACCCUGUCUAUAAUGUAUACGCCGUGGUUUUAGCAACCCAAGCAACGGCCAUCGGCAAGUAGAGAGAUAGUAGAGAGAGGGGCGUUGCGGGGCUUGUUAUCAAAAGCCGCGCUGAAUUAGUAUUAUUACCUUGGUGGCCACCCACCUUUGUGUGUUUUCCU